CAGGGACCGCCCAAUUUUGGUUGGCUUUGGUUCCGGAAGUAAAUUUCCCAUUCAUCUUUUCCUUCGACUUUUCUUAAAAUCGUUAUAUAAAGAGUUCUAAGCCUGGAACCAUGCCAAUCAAGAAGUACAAGACUGUGUAGAUUAUUUUUUCGAACGAGUGAAGGAACUGCUCAUCACAAAAAACAUAGCAUCGCAAUGUUUACAAUCCAGUAGUUUAGCGCUCUUCGUGCAUCUUUUAACGUCAGCGCUCAGGUGUGCCGUCCGUGAAUCUUGCCCUGGCCUGCAGAGGGAGGAGCGUGACAUUCCUCCACCCGAUGGGAAUUUCCAGGAAGACGCCAUGUUGGAGCCAGCGGCUGUACCCUUCUCCUCCCUGUCAGCAGCGAGACUCCUCUAGUAGUUCAGGAAGUCGCCAUAUUAGAGCCAGCAGCAGUACCCUCCUCCUCCCUGUAAGCAGCGACCCGCCAUAUUGGAGCCAGUGGCCGUACCCUUCUCCUCCCUGUCAGCAGCGAGCCGCCAUAUUGGAGCCAGCGGCCGUACCCACCUACUCCCUGUCAGCAGCGAGCCUCCUCUAGUAGCUCUAGGAAACCCAGAGAGUGAGACGUGGGCUGCUCCCUUCGCCCUGUUCGGCUUAACAGCAACACAAUACAUUCCGCACCAUGGCUGCCACGGACGUUGACAUAUUCUCAAAUGAGGAGAAGCGCAACCUCAACCUGGGGGGCCAUGUUGGGUUCGACAGCCUGCCCGACCAGCUGGUCAGUAAAUCGGUCACACAGGGUUUCUGCUUCAACAUCCUGUGCGUAGGCGAGACGGGCAUCGGCAAGUCCACGCUGAUGAACACACUGUUCAACACCAUGUUCGAGAACGAGGAGGCCAGCCACUACCAGAACAGCGUCUACCUCCGGCCGCGAACCUACGACCUGCAGGAGAGCAACGUGCACCUCAAGCUCACCAUUGUAGACACGGUGGGCUUCGGUGACCAGAUCAACAAAGAGGACAGCUACAAGCCCAUCGUGGACUACAUCGACACCCAGUUCGAGAACUAUCUGCAGGAGGAGCUGAAGAUCAAGCGAUCGCUCUUCAACUACCACGACACGCGCAUCCACAUCUGCCUCUACUUCAUCGCCCCCACGGGCCACUCCCUCAAGUCCCUGGACCUGGUCACCAUGAAGAAGCUGGACAGCAAGGUCAACAUCAUCCCCAUCAUCGCCAAGGCGGACACCAUCUCCAAAAGCGAGCUCCACAAGUUCAAGAUCAAGAUCAUGAGCGAGCUGGUGAGCAACGGGGUGCAGAUCUACCAGUUCCCCACGGACGACGAGGCCGUCACCGAGAUCAACGCCUCCAUGAACGCCCAUCUGCCCUUCGCCGUGGUGGGCAGCGUGGACGAGGUGAAGGUGGGGAACAAGACGGUGCGGGCCAGACAGUACCCCUGGGGCGUGGUGCAAGUGGAGAACGAGAGCCACUGUGACUUCGUGAAGCUGCGGGAGAUGCUGAUCCGGGUGAACAUGGAGGACCUGCGGGAGCAGACGCACGCCCGCCACUACGAGCUGUACCGCCGCUGCAAGCUGGAGGAGAUGGGCUUCAAGGACACGGACCCCGACUGCCAGCCCUUCAGCCUCCAGGAGACGUACGAGGCCAAGAGAAAGGAGUUCCUGGGUGACCUGCAGCACAAGGAGGAGGGCAUGAGGCAGAUGUUCGUCAGCAAGGUCAAGGAGACAGAGGCGGAGCUGAAGGAGAAGGAGCGCGAGCUACACGACAAGUUUGAGCAGCUGAAGCGGCUGCAUCAGGAGGAGAAGAGGAAGGUGGAGGAGAAGAGGAGAGACCUGGAGGAGGAGAUGAACGCCCACAACAGGAAGAAGGUGGCGGCCGAGACGCUGGCCCUUGCCCAGCCGCUGAAGAAAGAAAAGGACCGGAGGAAUUAAUUUAUGGGCCAAGCGGGACCAUGGACCCUGUCACCUCCAUACCACCGACGUUUGUUUGUUUGUUUGUUUGUUUGUUUGUUUGUUUGUUUGUGUUUUUCUGUUUUUGUUUCUCUUCACAUUCCAUGACGACAUUGUGAACACGGACCAAAGACCCUGAGGGAUGAGGCUGAACGUGCAAUGAGAAAAAAGAGUGAAAGAGUUUGAAAAGGAAAUUGUUAAACCUUAACCACCAGCGGCCAUGCCAUUCAUUAGUGUACCGUCUCUCUAGUUCAGGGACCUAUUUUUUAUAUUUACAUAUAUCUCGUUUGGUUUAUUUUGUUCCUUCUUUUUUUUGAUAUAGUUGUGACUUAGUUUUACUGUUAUUGUAUAACUAUUAUUAUUAUUCAAUAAUAUAUUUUUCCCCAUACACAACUCACUGUGGACCUGUCCCUGGUCAUCCCACCACAGACCUUCGCAGUCUGUAGCCUCUCGGUGCUAAAGUGUAGCAGCAGGGCACGCACCAUUUCAAACGGUUUGGUCUGUUUGGAAGAUAGACGAUUUGAGGUGCAGUUGAUUUAACAGUUGUGGCAUUAUUGGGACUGGUUCGCUAUGCAAGAAUAAACCCCUCCUCCAGCCUUUAAGGCAUCCUUAAUCUCCAAAGAACUUCUUAAUGUGUUUUCGCUCGUCCCUUUGAACUGCAAAUAGUCGCCUCGUCAGACCAUGUGAUUGUUGAUGAAUCAACAAUUUACACACACGCGCACACAGGCGCGCGUGUGCGUGCUAGUUCUGAGGCCUAAUGAUAGCUUAUUCUGUUCAUUAAUAUUCUGGUGCUGCGUUUGCUAAGGAACACAAAUGUAUUUUAAUAGUUUGACUCCUGACUUCGUAAUAUUGGCAACAUUAUUGUUACAUUUUAAAAAAACUGGUGCACAUGUUUAGAAAUUAUGCAAAACAUAAAAACAAGUGUGUUGCUCAAGAGUGCCACUGGUUACGCACAGAUGAGUAGCUUUUUUGUAAAUGAUUGAGUACGUUAGUUGUGUGGCAGUUCGAGUCCCAUUUUUUUAUAUAGAAGUUAUUCAAAGAGAAAGCUGCAGCUUGUUGUGGACCCAGAGUUUGAAUGGAGAGCAGCUGUAUAUGUCAAUAAAAACCAAAACACGUACACCUGGUGUGGAUGUCCCGUCACUCAUCAGCUGAAUGAUAUUCAAUCGACAGACGGAAGUAAAGAAAAUUGCUAAAUAAACCCAAGUUGCGAUGGUGGUUAGUUAUUGCAAACCAAUAAAAAGAUUGAGGCGCUUGUGGUACAAGUGGGCCUAUCCCAUCAGCCAGAAUGGAGAGAGGAACCGCCCCCAGACACGAUACAAAUGGGCGUGUCCAACCAGACAGAAUGGAGAGGAACCGACCCCAGAUGGCACGCAGACGUCUCGUGGCCACACCCAUUUGUUGUGAUAUAGAUAUUAAGGACAACCUCCAAAGAUACUUAUUUUUUACCAGUAGUCUAAACCAGUCUGUAUAUACCGCUUUCACAGUCGUUUGUUAACCCGGAAAACAAUGUCAACCUAAACACAGAAACAUGUCUGUGUAUUCACCUAGGGUCCAAAUUUAUUGUUCAACCAAACUAAUUUCAGCAGCCCCACGGUGCACACGGCUGCUGGCCAGUCGCCAGCGGUUCAUUUCCUGCAUUCUAAAACCGUGGCAUUUCCUUAAGUCUAACAAGUCACCUACCAGCAGACAGAUAACCAUGCAGAUCUGCACUACCAGAAAUCUCAUAAUACUAAAAAUGUACUCUGACUACUACUGUAUACAAAAUAACAUUUAAAUAAUGCUUCUGACUUCAGUUGUCUGACUAAAAUACAAACUGCCUUUACUUUAAAUUUGAAGCAGUUCAAGUCUCGAGAUUAGGUUUCUUUUGUGUGGAAGGAAUUGACACAAGCCCAUGUGCUGACCAUGAACUACAGGAGAAAAUAUUGCAUCUAUAAAAGCAUGAGGUUUUUUUGCAGACUAAAAGGAAAGUGAAAUCGACAAAACAUGUUUUUAACCCACAAAAUGUUCAUGGCAUUUGGACAAAGUGUUUCAACUCCAGUUUAUUUGGAAGUUAACAUUUUUAUAAUUUUAAAUAGUAGCCUAUAUAGCUGCCUUAUUUCUGUAAUCACAUGGAAAUAAAAAACUGUUUGUUAUUGUACACCUCCAGCAGGAGUCAGGUAACAAAAAAGCAUGGAUUCACAGAGACAACAUGGCUGAGGUCGAAGCUCUGGGUUCAAAUCCUUGGACAGAAUUGCAGUCCUAAAAAAUAGAUUUUUGCCAAUAACUUAUGGCAAUGGAGUCAGCACGUUAGCACUGUUAGCAUUCAGGGAUCAGUGAAACCAGUCUAGUGUUGACCGACUUGUAGACACCAAAAAAUAUUUCAGCCCAGGUUGAGAAGUAUCUCUUAAGGUGCACUUUGAAAAUGUGAACACAACAUAACCUUUUAACUGGUUUGCCGUUUGUGAUAUGAUACAGGGAUAUACAAGGAAAGAAAGAUCACAGCGUUUGUUUAUACUCGUAAAACAUUAAAGAGCUUAUUACAGUUUGUUACAGUAGAUACGUUGAGAACACUACAUACAAAAAUAAAGAAAUCAAAUAAAAGUUUUUAAAAAAAUAUUUCUUUUCUUAAUCAUUCGUUUAUAUAGCUAUAUCGAAAAGCUUGUCUUACCAAAGUGCUAAAUAGCUCUGGAAAGAAAGAGCACCACAAUCUCUCCCCUCAUGUUUUCCAACAACAAAAAAAAUCUUCCAACUGCGCAUCUCAUUCUCCAAACAUUUAAGAAAAGAGUCUCCUCACACAUGUAUAAAAGGAAAUGCUACGUGUGGAAGGAACUGUAGCAUUGAAACACCCACACACAUACAAACAGACACACACACAGUUAGAUAAAUAUACAUUAAAAAGGUUAUAGGAACAGAAAAGUUUGAAAUAGUCGCCCUACUGGCUUCAAUACACCUUCAAUUCGACCAUCUUAAAUAAAAACAAUACAAAGAACAAAGGGCACCCGCAAAACUGGCGAGUGGGGGAGAUGGUGCGUGUGUGGGGCCAGGCACUACUGGUUGACCGGGGACUGGAGUGGGGGGCAGGGCGAUUGGCGGGCCCCGGCCUCGUCGUACAAACACCCAAAGCCGUCGUAAUACUCGUCAGGGUCGCCCGCGUCUCUCGGGCCCUUCGAAGUCUGGAAGUAAAAAAAAUAUAUAAUCUGUCAGCACUUUAUGCAUCUCUUUAUACCUGUGGAUAUAGUCUAAGUUUAGCAAACAUAUUGACCAUAAGGCAUUAAAGGUAGUGCUUAUUUAGUGGAAAAGAAAGAACUGGGAAUUUGAGCUGGCAUUUAUUGAGGAUUAAAAUUCAACAAACUAAAUUCAAUGUAUGCUAAAUGUCCUUCAUUAAUUCUGCCUUAUACAGCAAGUUUUCCAACCUUAAUCGUUUUCUUUUUUCAAUGUCUGCAAUCAUAUUUUAAGUCGUUUAGAGACGGGGGCUUUCACUUUAGUUUUUACUACCGCACGCCCUGUGAUAACCCUGGUCACCAUUUUAGCGCCGUCACUAUCAGAGCCCCCCGUGCACAAGCCCCUCCCGCUGAAAUCAGAUCAAAUGACCACAGCGGACUUUAAGCACCUUCCAAGAUCCGUGGCAGUUGGAGAAAUUAGAGAAUACGUAAAAAAAUAUUUAAAUAAUGUAACUACCGCUUAUGAAAAGAGACAUGUUUUGAGACGGUAUAGAUAUGGACCCAGUUAUACAUUUUUAUACAACAGUGAUUUACCGCUCUAUGGGGACAGCGCUGUCCCCUGCUCCCCUCCACCGACACCACCCCCUCUGGCGGCCCGACCGCUGAAGAGUCGAAGAUGUAGAUGGCGUUGGCCGGUAGGGAGAACUCUAGGCUGCUCAGGUACUGAUCCGUCAUCUCUUUACACUGAAUGAACUCUGAGCUCUCCACCUGCGGAGCAAGAUCACAGAUGGAAAAACGAAACAAAAACAAAGCCGAUGCAAAUGUUAAGAUUGUGCCAAUAGCCAAAUAAAUAAAGAAAUACUUGCAUCAAGAUCCUCGGACAAAGCUCGGCCAGAUCUUUAGACAAUUUUUUAUUAUGUAAGCGUACAUGUUCAGGUCGACACAUUGUCUUAAUAUUAUAAAAUAACUGCAGUUGGUCACUGAAUUAAAUGAUCUUUGGUCAACAAUGCUCAGAAUUCCUUACACAAAAGUGUGCAUGCGACGACCAGCAUAGAUAUUUUAUACAGUAUGAUAAAGCACGAUGGUGGCGAUAAUUUAGACGUAACAAAGCAGCGCUACAGAAACAAACUCCAUUACAGGAGCUGCAAUAUCUCAAUCAAGGUCCAUAGGUAAUAGAUCUGGUCCCUAACCUCGCGGUCCCCGCACGCAGAACUGUAAAUUCAGCUUUACAACCCGAUCCCUC